AUGGACCCGGAGCGUCGCAAGAUUGUCGAGAAAUCGAUGAAGAGGAAGUUGGAUGCAAGAUGUUCGCUUUUCGUGCUCAUCUAUAUCAUGAACUAUCUGGAUCGCAACAACAUGGCUGCUGCCAGACUGAAGGGUCUGCAAGAGGAUCUGAAGCUUAGCGACACACAAUACGCUACAUGCUUGAGUAUUCUCUACGUCGGGUACAUUCUCAUGCAGGUUCCUUCCAAUAUCAUCAUCAACCGCAUUACAAGACCGAGUUGGUACAUUGGAGCCGCCAUGCUUUUGUGGGGCUUGAUCUCCACGCUCUCUGGAAUUGCCAAAGGAUUCGGUGGCAUGGUUGCUAUCCGUUUCAUGCUUGGAUUCGUGGAAGCUGCAUUCUUGCCCGGAGCUCUUCUCAUUCUCUCGAAAUGGUACACUCGCCGCGAGUUGACCACCAGAAACGCCAUCUUGUUCUGCGGUAACCUCAUCUCCAAUGCCUUCUCUGCACUUGUUGGUGCUGGAGUGUUGUCAAAUAUGCAAGGUGUUCUCGGACACGCAGCCUGGAGGUGGCUCUUCUGGAUCGAAGGUGCUGUCACCAUGGGUGUUGCUAUUGCCGCAGCACUCAUUCUGCCCGAUCUGCCUACCAACUCCCGCGGCUUCACAGAGGAAGAACUGCAGGUCGCCCAACUCCGCAUGAUUGAAGACGUCGGUGAGGCAGACGAAGACAGCAAAGAAGACGGUGUAUUCGACGGUCUCUUCAUGGCUCUCAAAGACACCAAGAUCUACGUCUUCAUGCUAACAUUCACCGCCUACGUCGUCGGUCUCUCCUUCAACGCCUUCUUCCCUUCCCUCACAAAAACCCUCGGUUUCAGCUACGUACCUACUCUGCUCAUGAGCGCUCCCCCAUGGGCUUUCGCCUGUAUCGUCUCCCUCAUCAAUGCCUGGCACGCCGACCGCACCCAAGAGAAAUUCUGGCACAUUGUCGGUCCCAUCUGCAUUGGUCUUGUCGGCUUCAUAAUCAACAUGUCGACUCUCAACACCGCAGCCCGCUACAUUGCCCUCUUCCUCCAAACAUCCUCCUACGCCGGCUUCAUCGUCUUUUACUCCUGGAUCUCCUCCUCCUUCCCCCGACCCCCUGCAAAGCGCGCCGUAGCAAUCGCCCUCGUGAACGCCUUUUCCCAACUCGGAAACAUCGCAGGCAGUUACGUCUGGGACUUGAAAGCCAACGGGUACAGAAAGUCAUAUGGCAUUGUUACGGCAAUGUUUGGCAUUACCAUUGUGGGUUGUGUGGUCAUGAAGAUGAUUUUGGUUAAUCUCAACAAGAAGUUGGAGGCUGGAGAGGCGGCUGCUUGGGCUAGUAGACCGGAUGUUGCUGAACAUACCGCUGAGAAGGAGUUUUUGGAUAAUCCUGAUGAGGCGCUGAGGAUGAGACAGGGAUUCAGGUAUCUGGUUUAG